GUUCCUUUGUAUCGCCAUGGCUCGUACGAAGCAGACUGCCCGCAAGUCCACCGGCGGCAAAGCACCGCGCAAGCAGCUCGCCACCAAGGCGGCCCGCAAGAGUGCUCCGGCAACCGGCGGCGUGAAGAAGCCGCACCGCUACCGGCCCGGCACGGUAGCUCUGCGCGAGAUCCGCCGCUACCAGAAGUCCACGGAGCUGCUGAUCCGCAAGCUGCCGUUCCAGCGGCUGGUGCGCGAGAUCGCGCAGGACUUCAAGACCGACCUGCGCUUCCAGAGCUCGGCGGUGAUGGCGCUGCAGGAGGCGUGCGAGGCCUACUUGGUGGGGCUCUUCGAGGACACCAACCUGUGUGCCAUCCACGCCAAACGCGUCACCAUCAUGCCCAAGGACAUCCAGCUUGCCCGCCGCAUUCGCGGGGAGAGGGCGUAAAGCUUCCACAAUUGCCUCACUCCAACGAAAAAGGCUCUUCUAAGAGCCACCCACAAUUUCUUUAAAACAGCUGUCACUUAAAAUUGAGUGUGUUUAGUGUUUUGGUUCGGGAUGCAGAUUUAAAGUUGAACAGUUUUAAGUGAUCAGCUUAUUUCUUUGGGGUACCUUAUGAACAUACAAAAAGAUCUGCUCGGUUUUAACUUUAAAUGCUCCCUUUAUGUACUGUCGAUAGGUAGUGUGCAAAAGUUACUCGAAGGUAGUAAGUUGGCGU